AUGGAGGAGGCCUCAGUUUUGAUUGUUGGCGCUGGGCCAGCGGGCCUUGCAACAGCCGCAUGCCUUAGCAAAUUCUCCAUCCCCUAUGUCAUUGUCGAGCGCGAGAGUUGCAGCGCCUCACUAUGGCGCAAUCGCUCGUAUGAUCGUCUCAAGCUUCAUCUUGCCAAGGAGUUUUGUGAGCUGCCGCACAUGUCGUACCCAGUUGAUGCCCCAACAUACAUACCGAAGAACCAGUUUGUCAAGUACCUCGAUGACUACAUUGAGCGAUUCAGUAUUCAGCCGAAAUAUCUCACUGUUGUUGAGUCAUCCACAUAUGACAUCAAACACAAUUGUUGGUCCAUCAUUGCCCGUGACAUGGAGAAGUGCACAAUAGUCGAUUACAAGGCAAAGUUUCUUGUUGUGGCUAGUGGUGAGAAUAGUGAGGAGAAUAUUCCAGUGAUCUCAGGACUAGAAAACUUUCCAGGUGUGACCAUCCACUCUUCAGAAUAUAAAUCAGGCAUCAGCUACUCAGGGAAGAACGUAUUGGUCAUUGGAUCGGGCAACUCUGGAAUGGAGAUUGCUUAUGACCUUGCAUCUCAUGGUGCCAAUACUUCUAUUGUUGUUCGAAGUCCGAUGCAUAUAAUGACAAAGGAAUUAAUCCGAUUAGGGAUGAAACUAGUUCGUCACCUUCCUCUAAAGCUAGUAGACGAUCUCCUUGUGAUGAUGGCAAAUUUCAUUUUUGGUGAUUUAACUAGGCAUGGGAUCAUCAGACCAAAAAAGGGUCCAUUUAUUAUCAAGUCAGAAACUGGCCGAUCCGCAGUGAUUGAUGUUGGCACCGUGGGGCUAAUCAAAGAAGGCAAUAUAAAAGUUCAACCAAGGAUUACUCUGGUUAAAGGCAGAAUAAUUGAAUUUGAAGGUGGGAACCAAGGCUCCUUCGACGCGAUCGUGUUUGCAACUGGAUACAAAAGCACAGCAAAUAGGUGGAUCAAGAAUGGUGAGGACAUGUUGAACAAUGAUGGCUUGCCAAAGAAGGAAUUUCCAAAUCACUGGAAAGGUGUAAACGGGCUCUAUUGUGCUGGUUUAGCGAGGAUGGGCUUGGCCGGCAUUGCCUUAGAUGCCAAGAACAUCGCCAAUGACAUUAAAUCUAUCAUAGAAUCCAUGUCUACCUAA